GGCCACGGAGGCAGCGCCGCGGACACCCACGCAGCUUCCAGAAAAGAGCGAGGAGCCGCGGGGAGGCGCCUGGACAGCAGCCGGAGCGGCCGCCGCAUCGCUCCCCAGCCUCUCCUGUGGAGGAGACCCGGAGCUGAGCGGAAAAAAGCGCGUUCAGAGGCCGGCGUUGAAGCUCACCGAGAGGCAGGCAGCCGAGGAGACGCUCCGAGGAGAAUCACAUCAAACCUGAGGAGUUAUUACGACAUCCAGCCUGAACCGGCUCUGUGGAUUCUUCUGUUGUCGGGUCUUUUUUUUUUUUUACGCUCUUUGUGUUUUUGUAGGAGAGUGACUCAUUGAAACUGACAUUAAUCUUUUUUUGUUUAACAGUCAGAGUCGCUGUAAUGUUUGACCUCUGAGAUUCUCUCUACUUUGUCGUUUGAAGUUUCAGAGAAACUCCGGGAUUUUUUUUUUUUCUUCUGAGCUGAUCUCUUUCAUUUUCUGUACGUGUGUGUCUGUUAUCUCACGCCGUGGUUUCCUGAUAGCGUUUGGUUGCUCAUAAGAGGAAGAGAAGGAGGCAACUGUUUCUCAAGUUUCUCAGCCAGGAGCCUGAGCAGCAUUUGCAUUCCAGUUUGGCUUCCACCGGCGGACAGAUCCUCCCUUGUGCACGACAGAGUGUGUGUUUGUGUCCCUCGGUGAUACUCUGACUCGUAUCGGGGGACAAUAAUCGGCCCUGUGUGUCUCUUCUGGGUAGAAAUGGGAUCAGAAAAGGACUCAGAGUCGCCUCACUCCUCAGUGAGCGGCGUCCCCAACCCUAAGUGCCGACCGGCGGGCAAACGCCAGGGCCGCAUCUCCUUCCACAGCCUCUUCAACAGCAAGAGGGGCUCUCGGGGCACCAGGGGCCCCAAAGGAGCGGCGGCCACCCCUUUAUCCCACCUCCACCAACAGCAGCUGCUCCCAUCUGCCUUGAGUUCCACCGCAGCCUCUGCUACGCCCACCGCCGCCGCCGCCGCCACCGCAGCCGCCGCCGCCACGCCCCAGGACGCCGCCUCCGGCACCCCCUCCAAGCCACUGUCCUCCAGCCAGCCAUCCCUGGGUGGAGCUGCCUCCUCCGGGGACAACAACCUCCUGGAGUGCCCCCUGUGCCUGGUGCGCCAGCCCGCCGACCAGCUGCCCGAGCUGCUGGGCUGCAGCCACCGCUCCUGCCUCUGCUGCCUGCGCCAGUACCUCCGCAUCGAGAUCACCGAGAGCCGAGUCCAGCUCAGCUGCCCCGAGUGCGCCGAGCGUCUGGCCCCGCGGCAGGUGGCCGACAUCCUGGACGACGCCGCCCUGCUGGAGAAGUACGAGGAGUUCCUGCUCAGGAGGUGCCUCGCCUCCGACCCGGACUGCCGAUGGUGCCCGGCGCCCGACUGCGGGUUUGCCGUCAUCGCCUCGGGCUGUGCCAGCUGUCCCAGGCUGGUUUGUCGCAGAGAAGGCUGCGGCGCAGAGUUUUGCUACCACUGUAAACAGGCCUGGCACCCCAACCAGACCUGCGACUCGGCCCGCCAACAGAGGGCGCAAUCCCUGCACACCCACAGCAACCACUCGCCCAGCUACACCCAGGAGCAGGGACCCGCUGAUGACAUCAAGCCGUGCCCUCGCUGUGGCGCUUACAUCAUCAAGAUGAACGACGGCAGCUGCAAUCACAUGACCUGCGCCGUGUGCGGCUGCGAGUUCUGUUGGCUCUGCAUGAAGGAGAUCUCCGACCUGCACUACCUCAGUCCUUCUGGCUGUACAUUCUGGGGGAAGAAGCCUUGGAGCAGGAAGAAGAAGAUUCUGUGGCAGCUGGGAACUCUGAUCGGCGCUCCGGUCGGCAUCACUCUGAUCGCAGGCAUCGCUGUUCCCGCCAUGGUCAUCGGCAUCCCGGUUUACGUCGGCCGCAAGAUCCACGCCCACUACGAGCUGAAGAAGACGUCUCGUCACAGAAGGAACUUGGCCAUCACCGGCGGCGUGGCUCUGUCCAUCAUCACGGCGCCCGUCAUCGCCGCCGUCAGCGUCGGUAUCGGAGUUCCCAUCAUGCUGGCCUACGUCUACGGCGUCGUGCCCAUCUCUCUGUGCCGAGGAGGCGGCUGUGGCGUGAGCAGAGGGAAGGGACGCGGCGUCCGGAUCGACUUCGAUGAGGACGACGGACCAAUCACAGUGGCCGAUGCCUGGCGAGCCCUCAAGUCUCCGAGCCUCGGUGAGAGCAGCCUGGACGGGGCGGUCAGCGGCCUGAGCACCACCUCCCCCAGCGAGGGGCUCUCCGUGGCCCCCGGGACUCUGGGCGACACCCCCCACUUCAACACCCUGGCUGGUGGAGCUCUGGGGACUAGAACCAGCAAGUACAGCAGGCUGGAGGUCCAAGCAGGGGAACUCGCUAAAGAGUCGGCCCAGAGAGAGACAGGAAGCCUGGGAGCAGGAAGCGACUGCGCCAGCACCCGAGGAAUGGCCGGAUCCAUCAUCUCCUCCUACACUCUACCUGACAGGGAGUGCACCAACCUGGAGAUCCAGGUGGACAUCGAGACCAAACCCAGCCAUCUCUGCCUGACCAGCGAAGAGGACCUAACCCCGCAUCCGGGCUCCGCUGCCAUGGCGACCGCCUCCGGAGGGGAGGAGCCUCAGGACUGCAGCUCCAGAAGGGGCGGGGCCUUGUCGGGCUCGGCGCUGGGCCUGUCGCCGGGGGCGUCGAUCAGGGAGGGGCUCCGAGACGUGACGCUGGCCCAGCCGGAAAGCAUCAGGAGCGACCUGGAGAUGUCGGACACUCAGUCGGACGACAUCGCCGAGCUCACGUCGGACGACUGCGACUCGCCUCACCCGAAGAGCUGCCACCCGGCGGCCGGCCAGCAGCCUCAGCCGCCGUCCUGCCGAGCCCUGAACCCGUCCACCGAAGGCCUUCACUGUCCCGCAGACAGCAACGUCAUCCUCUACGUCUGAGAGAACAGCAGCUCUCAGGAUUGCACAAACCCCCCGAACAUUUACGUUGAAACUUCACAGCUUUUCUUUUCUCUCGUUUGCUGCUUCUGCGACUCACAGACUUUUUUCGUCUUAAACACAGACAGCGUGGGUUUACUCUGUCUGUCUGUCUGUCUGUCUGUCUGUCUUAUCUAUCUACCUGCCAAUCUCCUCUCUGAGCAAAUUGUCAGGGCUCUACCUCUGAGAUUUAUAAGAUGAUGAUUUAUGUUUACUCCUCGGUGCAAAAUGCCUUGGCUACCUAAGCAAAAAAAAAGAGAAAAAAAAAAAACAACAAAAAAAAUACAAGAGGUACAAAUUUUCCACAAAAACUGAAAAUUUGCAAAAUUCUGAAACAAGGUGAAACGUCACCAAGCACAGCAGAGAGAAGAGGAUUGUUGGGAGAACAGAUGUUUGCUGAGGACGAAGAGGAUGUUUUUAACAGUGUGUGAGUGAAUGUGGACUUUGUACUCGACUAUUGUGGCUUUAUUUUCCUUUUCUCCUCUAUUUAUAUUCAGACGACCUUGAAAUUGUAUUAUUUGCCGUGUGCAUGAGUCUGCAUGAGCCGCUCCCGGCGUGGAAGGUUUGAAAGGCAGCGAGUUUCUGUUACACUGGUGAAAGUUAAAGUUUACUUUAGAGGACGAAGCUGCACUUGAAUCUCACUUUUCCUGCACAGAGUUGGAGGAGGACGGACACAGAGACAGAAAAAAGUGUGACAGAAACGAAUGACGGCGUUCUGACAGCGACACGGAAAAGCCUGACGUAGCUGUGGUGAAAAAAAAGAAGCCAUUUUAUUGUAUUGACUCAGAGAGAAGAGGAGGUUUGUGGCGCUGCUCUGCACAGAUCUGCAUCAAAGGAGCCUUUAUCGUUUCACAAACAGCUUUCUGAGAAACCUUUAUAAGCACAGGCAGAAGAUACCUUUAAUAUUUAGAACAUCUGUCGUCCACGAGUAAAACUAGAAAGAAUUUUUUAAUUUAAAUCUUUAUAACAUUCACUUACAGACCCAACACUAGCUCUGACCGUUUAGUUAUUCAUCCCUACCGCAUGUACACACUCAAAUUCAUAAAUAAAGACAUUUCUGCCGUAAAUUGAUGCAGAAAAAAUCACUUUCUAAACCUACACUACCUUUGCGAGUAUAAAUUUAUUAAAGUUUGACUUUAUUCUCAGAAAUGCAGAAACCAAAAUCUGGCUUUAAACAAAAUAAUAAACUCUUUUUCUUGACAUACUUACAUUUAAAAGAGUUUUAGCUGUUUAACUUCGAUUUUCAUUUUAGAUUAAAUUACAAGCAAAGUUUUAAAUCAAACCAAACAAAACUUCCAUUUAAAUGUUGGAGUUAAUAAAGACUUGAACAUUCACUUUAAUCCAUUUUUUUCUGACUUUAACUGUAAUUACAGACUUUUUUUAAACUUCUGUAUUUACAGUUUCCAGUUUUACAAUGACAUAAAACAUCUCUUUAAAAAGCUUAUUUUCGUCACAGUUUCCAGUUUUACAGUAACAUAAUAUUUAACUUUUUCCCAGAGCUCUCAGCUACAUUCUGCAGCCUUCAUCAGUGCAUUGAGGGAAUGAGAAUUCUCAUUAUGGCAGCUGUGGAUGUGGAGGAAGGCUCUGGAAAAAAAGCUAGUUAUAGGACUUCGUUUCAUUUUUUUGCUGAUUUUCUAACUGAAGGAGUUCUAAAUUGUUAAUUACUGCCGUCAGUAAUAUAUUUUAUACCUGGUAGAGAAACAGGGCUGCAAUGAAUCAUCAUUUUCUUUCUGGAUUAAUUUGCAGAUUAUUGAUGAUUCAUUGUUUUUACAAAAAAAAAAAAUGUCAGGAAAUAAUAAUAAACUUAAUUAUCCAGAUGAGUAAAGUGGACUUAUUCUAGUUGUUUAAGAGUCCAAAAACUGAAAGAAAAUCAGUUUACUGUUGUAUAAAAUGUCUUUAUUGCCACUGUACAUCUGAGUAGUUACAUUUCAGAGAAUAAAAGUGCAGCAUUAAAAGAUAAAUAGAUCCAAUAACUCACAUGGAGUAAAUAAACUGGUAGAAGCAUAAAUAAACACAUAUAUGACAGAAUCCUCACAUUGGAAUUAACAUUGAUUUUGAGUAUUUUGCAUGAAAUCCUCCCAGUUUUCUGCCUCUUUCACCUCUGAGUGAGUGUUUUCUUGCGGCCAACUGCACCUGAUGUGUCGCCGUCAGAACUUCCUGUUUGUUUCUGCGUCGUGUGACCCGGUUGGUGUUUGGCGGUCGGCUGCCUUAUCGACUCUCGCUGACCAACGCGACGACGACGCUGCUGCCGGCUGGUCUCCGCUGGUUUCGGUUUCUGUCCGACCCACUUGAACGUCGUGUUUGUGUGAACGACUGGACUCCUGAUGAAUGUAUUUCUGUGUCCCACUUUGUUUGUUGAAUGAGCACUUGUGCACUUUAUCUAAAUUUAUCUUAUUUAUCUUUUUUUUUUUUUUGCUAUUCCUCAUCUGUUGCUGAGUUUUUAUUUCAGUUGCUUACAAAAGUCUGUGGUACAACCAAAAUAAAUCACCUACCAGAGGGCCUUUUAUGUUGGAUGUAACUAAACAAGAGUUUGGCUCCAAAACUUCUCCGCUUUGUCUCGUUCAUCACUCAGUAUUUUUAACUUAAAGGUGUUUUUAUCAAUUCUGUGAUGCAAGGACUGUAAUUAUUUUAUAUUUUCUCCUUUUAAUUUAUGUUCUACUAAUCAUUUCUACAAGUUUGGACGUGUCAUUUUGGAGCCAAACACUUUGAAUUCUGAUGCCGAUAAGCUCUUCUUAAUCAUUGCCUGACUUGUUUCUUAGCUUUGUAUCACCUCCGUGCUUCUGUUUGAAAAGGUUUCCCACCAGGUUUUUCCUUUUAACCUGCGAGGAAAUUACUUUGGGAACCUUUUUCAUCUCAGAGUAGCUUUAUGGAUUUAGCUGCUUAUGUGACUUGGCAGUGCUUUGUUUGGUCUACACUUAUCACUAGUUUCUGCCUGCCUGCCUGUGAGGAAACACACGAAUGUACCACAGACGGAAACCCGAAACUUCCUGAAAGAGUGCGAAUGACGGAUGGAAAAUGUCCUUUUAGGAACACAGGUGGUCCUGUCUUUAUUUGAAAAAGGUUUAGAGUAUAUAGAUAGCAAUAUUUAAGUGUUAUUAUACUGUUUGUGUAUCUCCUGUCACUGUUGAAGCCCCUGAUCUUAUGUGGGGUUGUACAUGCAGGACUGUGAAAGACAACUUGUGGACCUUUUGGGGAAAAAUAAAUAAACACAAUCUGAUGUUGCACCAAAACAA